AUGAGUGCGUUUGUAUCUCUUGUUUGCCUUUCCUGGCUGCCGGUAUUCGCCUAUGCACGCUGCGAAUGCGGCUUCCAUGAUGUUGCCACGGGAAGUCUCUGGACUGACGCUCUGAUCAGCUACUUCAACGAGAGCGACGGGAGUACGCUUGAUCCAGUCGACAAGAACGGCCAGUUCCUCGGGACCUCAACGGAUGGCGCUCUUUGGUCCAGUGUCGAGAAUCUCAACGAGUGGGAGGACGGGUGGGUAUAGCUGCGUCCCCGCCGAGCUGAUCAUCUGCUGACGGCAUGCGCCGGUCCACUGAAAAGGUACACCGCCACAUUUCGAUCUGGAAGCCAUGCAUCGAAUGCGUACAUGACGACCAACGCUUCUCCAGAUGCGCUCGCUCUGGAGGUCCAACCGGCAUUGCUCAAAGAGCGCAUCUCCUACGGCGCUCAAAUUCGUUCGCAAAGGCAGGACAUUCUGUUUGGCUCUUUUACUAGUGAGUGUCGUCGAGUGUCCGAUACACCACCAGCGUGUGUGCUGAGGUUUGAACCCGUGCCGAGCUCAGCUGCGCUUCGAUUUAACGAAUUGGCGGCUGGCACAGCAUUCGAAAGUGAGUAAUAAGUCGGCAAGCUCGAACAAUGUCUUGGUCCAGGAUUGACAGUGCUUCUUGGUUGCCUUUCCACAAGUGAACCUCCAUCGCAAUGUCUCUUCAACCAUUUCCACGAUGUUGACAACGGGAGACCAGCCUCUAAACGCUACUCUUCGUUGGGACAUGGCCGGCCCUUCGCUUCAUGGAUUCUCUGCUCUUCGGCAAAACUUUACAGACAUCGAUUUGGUUCCUGGGAAAGUGCACCAACACCGUAUCGCUUGGCUUCCCGGCGAAGUAUCUUGGAGUUUUGAUGCCUCGAACAGCAUGCCAGGAUUCUUUGCGAGACGCGAACCAGAAUGGAAGCGCGGCACUUUGCCGCACGCUCCCACCGCCCUAUCCUUUCGUCACUAUUCCAACGGCGAACAAUCCGUCUCUAUGGGUCCUCCGCUUUCAGAGUCUUCUAUCGCGUACAUCAUCUUCGUGAGAGCCUUUUUCAACUCUAGCCUGCCGGAGAGAGGAGUAUCUUUCGAAAAACGUUGUUCGCGGGCUCAAGGCGGCAUUUCGCCAGUUUGCAGCACCGAAGAUCUCACUCUGCGCAGCAGCGACUCGACUCCGUUCCCUCUUGCCGCACUCAAGCCGAUCGACAUCGCCUCUCCCUCCCCUUCAGCCAAGCAAUGGAGCGCCGACCUUUUGAUCGUUCUUGCAUCUCUCUUCGCCUUGGUUCUGGGUCAUGCCUUCGUGCACCGAGCCCUGAAGCACCGUCGAGCCGUCUUGAUGAAUCGAAUCCGUAAUAGUAGCGCCCAGAAACCAGGACCGACCACCAGCGGGGUAGCGGCCGAUCCUUUCCUUGGCCACGUGGAGAAUGAUCAGACCCGUCAACAGGAGAAGAGAUUAACGGGAACAGUGGCCGACUGGGAUGAUCUUAGUCUAUUUGAGCGUCAAAUAGCCUUCGUGAUUGGAGAGGAGAAAAACGAUCCUGGCACACCCCGUAUUUGCUCAUGUAAUAGAGAUCCCUUUGCAGACGUCGGUCAUGCUGAUGUUGGCACGUCGUCCCUGGCGAACGCUGAGGAUAUACGAGGGUCCACCGUCACUCUCUUCAGUCGCAGCCUCGAGCUUCAGCGUCUCGCCACUCCAGAGCGUGAGUCAUGAAUCAACUGAUCCCAUAUUACUCUGCAACUGACGUGAACAUUGCCUACAGCCUCCCCGAGCAGUCCUCAGCUUUCGACCAAGGCGUCCACGUUGGAACUCAUGAGCCCGCGCAGAUCUCACAGUUGUGUCAGUAUUCUCGAUCUGUAUCCGAGCCUUCGACUUAUCGAGUGGUCCGAAGAGGGUCACGUCGAAGCGCAAGAUUUCCAAGCCUCUUGUGCAGAAGGUGGGCUUGCUUCGGGUCGACCCCAACACGAUGAGGCGCUUGCGCCCAUAGUGCCAAGAAGCGUUCUAAAAGCAGUCAAGGGGCACCUCCACAAUAUGAUGUUUACUCCAGGUGCGACGCGCACCACGGCUUCUGGUGCUCGCAGAGUCGACUACUUGGACGGCCUUCGCGGCAUGGCCUGUCUCCUGGUAGCAACACACCAUUGGCUACUCAUAUUUUGCUACUCGUUCGCCGCUUGGACACCUUCGACGCCUGCUCAGUACCCCAAGAUGGCGGAGCUGUUCUAGUGAGUAUCGCGCGGCGUAAGCGAACGGAGCGGUGGUCUACAAGCUAAGCAGACAUUGAUCAACCUUUCAGCAAGAUCGCCGGGUCAGUAGCCUUUGCACCGUCUCGCCAAAUUGAUCGCUGACACAAGACCGGAUGCCGCGUAGGCCCAUCGUCGCCAACGGUGACCUCAACGUUGGCAUUUUCUUCGUGAGCAUGAAGCUGGUGUCGGCGAAGGGCCGAGUAUCAGAUGCUGAGAUGCGCAUGACCGCGUCGUGGUGCCACAGAUGCUAGCUUCACGCGUCAUGGUAGCCCGCUUCCAGUAAGUUCGGCGAGCUCUCUCCUCGUGUCUGCCGUGCUAGUUCUGACCAGCGCCCGCUAUCCAGAGUCAAGAAAAGCCCAGCAGAUCUUGCUGAAGCAAUCUUCCGAAGAGCGCCACGACUGAUGGUCCCCAUCACGGCGGCUAUGACGUGAGCCAACAGACCUAGUGAUGGCGUGACUACGAAGUUGAACUGACGCUGCGGCUGUGCUUCAGCUUUUCGUACUUGUUGUCCGACUGUGGCGCUUUUGUCUGGAUGCGUCGUUUGCCCUCCCGAACUUGGUCAUCGUGGAGCUACUUAGCGCCUUACGACUCGAUCGGCCAGUUCCUGAACACCUGUAAGGGGACCUUGAGGUGCGCAGAGCAAGCAGAAAUUCACCUGACGCCUGGACCCCGGUGCAGAUUUGCUUUUGUGGUUCACUGCGCCGGGCGACGUGCCGGUCGCCACCUCAACGUACGCGACUGGGAUUCUGUGGACUACCCCCGUCAUCGUCAGCUGCUCUUGGACGACCUUCCUUUGCGCGCUCGUCGCGAACAGCAUCCCGAACCACGUCAAGCGCAUCGCUUUCUACGUCGUGUGCUUCAUAGUGUCCUGGUGGGCUGCGCGUUGGGACUACUUCUUCAUCGCUGGUCUGAUGCUGAGCGAUCUGGACAAUCGAGUGAGUUGAGUAGCGAGGUUAACAACACCUGUGGAACGUCGUCGCGCCGCUUGCUAAGCGGGCUUCUUGCUUCAUGGCUGGCGCAGCUCAAGUAUCGUGAGAAGCGCUUCAUGGGCCUUCGUUCAAGACUUGCGGCACGCUUCGGCUUCCGCGAGGGAAGGAUCCGUAUUCCUGCCCAGGCCAUCGGGUGGAUCUUCUUCACGACGGGAGCUGCCUUGGCAUGGUGGAGUGCAGCCGCGGACAAGCAAAUUUACCGGGAUAAAGAGGUGAGUGGGCAGCUUGAGUCGUGCAGUCUUAACUUGCGCUGAGUCGGUGCGUUCGAUCCGUGGCACGCGAUCUAGCAUCUCAUUCAUCCAGAUCUCGACGCGGCACGCGCAUCGCAAGCUGGGCCACCUUAUUAUGAAGUACGUGGUGGCGCGCAUUCUUGUUGGCUUCCUAUAGCUGAUCAUUAUCGUACUGUUCCAGCCGAGCCUAGAUAGCUUCUUGUGCGUGUAGAUUCGUGCCGGCUUGCAGUGUGCAUGGAGUACCUAAUGGUUUAACGCAUUCUUCACAGCUUCGCGCUGGGUUUCUUUUUGCUUUGUGACCUGUGCGAUGCGUUUCGGAUCGCUUUCACCUUGCGUCCAUGGAGCAUCCUGGGCCGGAACGCCUUUUCGCUUUACCUGUAAGUGGAUUACAGCCCUCGCCAUCAGUGAUUCGCUCGCUCGCGUCAUGCUGACGAACAUGUCGAUCUUCAGAAUACACGGCCAAGUCUACUGGAGCUAUAGCGCUUUCGUGCAUCUCCAUUUGCUCAAGGCUGGGUUGGAUUAUUGGGCUGCAGCGCUGAUCAAUUGGGCAAGCUCCAUGGUUUGUGAGUCGUGCCCCAUACACUGAUAGCAUGCGCACGCAGUAAGCUGAUUGUCAAAGCGCCCUUUGGACAGUAUUGUUGGUACUGUGCGAGUGCUUCACCCGUACUGUAAGUUUCCUAUGCCCGACGUCACAAGCUGCCGCUAAGCUCGUCUUGAUUUGACUCUGCUUGGACGCAGUUCGACGCUUGGGGUAAGUCGUGUUGCAUGGGUGGUCGUCGGAUAGCAGUUAUCGUUGAUGUAGCUCUCUCUGCUUGGCAUGCCAGGCAUCUCUCUGUCGCGAGCGCUGUGGCGCGUAGCUAGCGGCAACGUUGGCCGCAGAAUUUAA